CUGCUGGUUGCAGAAUGAAUGAAAUUGUACAGUAUUGUGAUAUUAGAGGGGCUGCAGUGUUCCUGCUUAAUACCCAGCAGCACCAUGAACACAGCCCUGCACAACCCCCUCAAAUCGCUGGGAGAGGACUUCUACCGGGAGGCUAUAGAGCAUUGCCGCAGCUAUAACGCUCGUCUGUGUGCUGAGAGGAGCAUGAGGCUGCCAUUCCUGGACUCCCAGACCGGCGUGGCACAGAACAACUGUUACAUCUGGAUGGAGAAGACGCACAGGGGUCCAGGCUUGUCACCGGGACAGAUCUACACCUAUCCUGCUCGUUGCUGGAGGAAGAAGAGGCGGCUGGACAUAUUAGAGGAUCCUCGUCUGAGGCCCUGUGAGUUUAAACUUGACUAUGAGGUUCCUAUGAAGAAGGAGAGUAGUUUGCCAGAGGGGCCCGUCUUAGAAGCCUUAUUAUGUGCGGAAACUGUGGACAAGAAACUGGAACUGAAGGAGGAAGAGAUAGUCAGUGACUGUCAGAAGACACAGGUGGGAGAUGUCCCACAUGAACUGGAGGGUGAAGACCUGGAGGAUGACACCCCAAAACGCAAGAACAGAGCAAAAGGAAAGGCCUGUGGAAUUGGUGGCAUGAAAAAGAGACAAGAUCCUUCAACCUUAGAAGACCGAGACAAACCCUAUGUGUGUGACAUCUGUGGGAAGAGAUACAAGAAUCGGCCCGGCCUCAGCUACCACUACACCCAUACUCACCUGGCUGAAGAAGAGGGUGAAGAGAAUGCAGAGAGAUAUCUUAUCCCUUUUCACCGGAAAAAUAACCACAAACACUUCUACAAAGAGCUGAACUGGGUGCCGGAAAUGCAGCCGCGACAUACAGUUAAGAAAGCUCCUGACGGCUCAGUCAUUGCCAAUGGUUACUGCGAUUUCUGUCUAGGAGGCGCAAAGAAGACGGGGUGUCCAGAGGACCUAAUUUCCUGCGCUGACUGCGGUCGCUCUGGUCACCCCUCGUGUCUACAGUUCACUGUCAAUAUGACAGCUGCCGUUAGGACCUACCGCUGGCAGUGCAUUGAAUGCAAGUCAUGUAUUCUCUGUGGCACUUCGGAAAACGAUGACCAGCUGCUGUUCUGCGAUGACUGUGACCGGGGGUACCAUAUGUACUGCCUGAGCCCCCCUAUGUCUGAGCCACCAGAAGGGAGCUGGAGCUGUCACUUGUGCCUGAGACAACUGAAGGAGAAAGCAUCGGCCUACAUCACACUGACCUAGAGUGAUUUACCCUGCAGGACAAAGAUCACUGCUUCCCUCAGUCUGGUCUUGCAUAAUCCCAGAAUCCUCUGCUUCUUUCAUUUCAGCACUAUGGCCCUUUCCCCUGCUCAAGUUCCUGAGCGGUAUAAAGUAGUUUUAUUGGUUCAGCUGUGUGAUAAGAAUAUGAAGUAAUGACUAUAUGCUCCUAUUUAUUUCUCUGCUACUUCCCUCUAAACUACCCGUACAGUCAUCUAUUUCUUCUGACUUUUAUAUUGUGAGGCUACUGCAGACUGCAGCCCAAAGAGAUUGACCAUAGAAUCAUAUGAACACUUUUACUGUUAUAUGGAUAAAAGCCUAUGAUGUUUGUAUCCUUUCCUUUUAAAAUCCAGCACGUGUUUAAAACACCAGAGUCAGUUUUUCUAUAUCAUUUUUUUAUUUUAUUGACCUGGUACAUCAGCCAUCCACCCUUGUCUAUAAUCUACACAAGGUGGUAUAUUAUUCUUUAGAAUACAGGAGAUUUCUGAAUAUUGAAGUGGUGAUUGUACUGGUGACAUCACUUGUGUGAUUCCAGUAAGAAUACAGGAAAUGGAUGUUGUAUAAAUAUCAGCCCUAUCUGUAUAAUACCUGGGUCACAAUUAUUUUAUUAUAUAUAAUUUUCAAGAUUAUAUCAUUAGUAUAUACAUUAGUUCUGUGUUUAUGUCACAGCUGAUUGAUCAGAAAAUUAUAUAUACAAUAUGUAACACAUGGACAGGUGUGUUAUGCUGGGCAGUAUGGAAGUCACGGACACGUGUGUUAUGCUGGACAGUAUGGAAGUCACGGACACGUGUGUUAUGCUGGGCAGUAUGGAAGUCACGGUCAGGUGUAUUAUGCUGGGCAGUAUGGAAGUCACGGACAGGUGUAUUAUGCUGGGCAGUAUGGAAGUCACGGAUAGGUGUGUUAUGCUGGGCAGUAUGGAAGUCACGGACAGGUGUAUUAUGCUGGGUGGGCAGUAUGGAAGUCACGGACAGGUGUGUUAUGCUGGGCAGUAUGGAAGUCACGGACACGUGUGUUAUGCUGGGCAGUAUGGAAGUCACGGACACGUGUGUUAUGCUGGGUGGGCAGUAUGGAAGUCACGGACAGGUGUGUUAUGCUGGGCAGUAUGGAAGUCACGGACAGGUGUGUUAUGCUGGGCAGUAUGGAAGUCACGGAUAGGUGUGUUAUGCUGGGCAGUGUGGAAGUCACGGACAGGUGUGUUAUGCUGGGCAGUGUGAAAGUCACGGAUAGGUGUGUUAUGCUGGGCAGUAUGGAAGUCACGGACAGGUGCGUUAUGCUGGGCAGUAUGGAAGUCACGGAUAGGUGUGUUAUGCUGGGCAGUAUGGAAGUCACGGAUAGGUGUGUUAUGCUGGGCAGUAUGGAAGUCACGGAUAGGUGUGUUAUGCUGGGCAGUAUGGAAGUCACGAAGAGGUGUGUUAUGCUGGGCAGUGUGGAAGUCACGGACAGGUGUGUUAUGCUGGGCAGUAUGGAAGUCACGGACAGGUGUGUUAUGCUGGACAGUAUGGAAGUCACGGAUAGGUGUGUUAUGCUGGGCAGUAUGGAAGUCACGGAUAGGUGUGUUAUGCUGGGCAGUAUGGAAGUCACGGACAGGUGUGUUAUGCUGGGCAGUAUGGAAGUCACGGAUAGGUGUGUUAUGCUGGGCAGUAUGGAAGUCACGGAUAGGUGUGUUAUGCUGGGUAGUAUGGAAGUCACGGAUAGGUGUGUUAUGCUGGGCAGUAUGGAAGUCACGGACUGGUGUGUUAUGCUGGGCAGUUUGGAAGUCACGGACAGGUGUGUUAGGCUGGACAGUAUGGAAGUCACGGACAGGUGUGUUAUGCUGGGCAGUAUGGAAGUCACGGACAGGUGUGUUAUGCUGGGCAGUUUGGAAGUCACGGACAGGUGUGUUAGGCUGGACAGUAUGGAAGUCACGGACAGGUUUGUUAUGCUGGGCAGUAUGGAAGUCACGGACAGGUUUGUUAUGCUGGCCAGGUAAUUUCCUGUACAGGUAGUGUGGAAGGCGUAUAUUUCUUGGUUGUUGUGUCAGGUAGGGCUGACGUCCUGAAGGUGUGUUGUACAAGGCAGUGCUGAUGUUCUAGGUAGUUGCAUUGUUCCAGGCAGAGUGUUAUACUGGAGAGUGCCGAUAUAUGAGGCAGCUGUACUGUAUCCAAGCAGGGCUCAGGUUUUUGCUGGUUUCCUGGCAGAUAUGUAUUGGCGACUGGUGUUAGCAUCUUGUUAAGUGAGUUGUGGUGUCUGCGCUGCUGUCCUGGUUAAGGGUUCAAAGCAUUGCUGACAGUCUGGACAGGGAACUUAUGCCAGGCAUUACUGACAGUCAUCCUGGUCACAGGUUCCAUGUGACGUGCUAACCCUACUCCCAGUACAACGUGCCUCAGUAAUGGACUUUAGAGUGAGCGCUAAAACCUUAUUCAGGGUAUCCGUGUACUAACAUACUGUAUACUGACAGUGGUUUUACAGAACACUGUGACUUGGCAGAUAUACCAGUCAGUUAAUAGAUUUAUUAUAAAUUGCUCUGUACAUUUCACUUUGCAGGCAGUACUGGACCUAAACAUAUGUGUAUAUCUGGGGACUAUAGUCAUUACCUGUAAAUACACACACCCUCUUUAUACAGGCCCUCCGUGUCUGUCUCUCUUCCUCUGAUCCAUGGCCAUUGACGUGUCUUCAGACAGCAUUGAGGAAAACAUAGUUUUGUGUACAAAACAAUACCCAUCCUAGGCUGCUAUAGCCAAAAGUUUUCUUUGAAAUUACUUAAGAUGUUUGACGCUUGCAACUUAAAUCUAUUCAUUAGCUCAUAAAGGGAAUCACUAUAAUUCCACCUUUUCCUGCUUUCAUCAAUGGCUAACACAAUACAAUGCUUUGCUGCUUGUCAUUUAAUGAACCUGGUAACCAUGCUGCGAGUCAGCAUCCAUAAUGUUACUGGAAUCCCAAGUUCAUCGAUAUUCACUGAGAACUGGUUAAACAAUGCACAAAGCCGCUAUUAGCUGUGGCCCCAGGACAUAAUCUAGCUGUCGGGGUGUUCUGGGGUGUACAGGGCUCUUAAAUCACCGGGGAACGCGGGAUCUUUCUUUACGAGCUCCGUCAUGGUACUUGGUCACACUGCUUAUAACUUGCGUGUGAGAAUGAACGCUGUGUGUGUGUGUGUGUGUGUGUGUGUGUGUGUGUGUGUGUGUUGCCGUGAACUAAUGAGAACACAAAGCACUUAGCUAAGUGAGUGCCUGAUGGUGGGACAGGGAUACGACUGCCCAGAUAAGGUUUAUGCCUCUUAUUGGCCAGACUGGGCUCAUUCAUGAUCAAUGUGAUCAAUGUGGAAGCCAUUUAAUACGAAUCUGUAACUAUAAAGGGCUACUAAACCUAAAUACAAGUUAUUCCAGUGUAAUAAUGCACGUUGUGACAUUCACAAAUAUAUGGGGUAUGUUAAUGUUCCCAUAUCCUGAAAGAACAUGAGAUGUAUGACAUUGUAUUGUAUUUGCCGUGCAGCUAUACCUGUUCUCUGUGUCUAAUCAGUCAUACUGUAUAAAGAAGGGCCUGCUGCCACACGGUGGGAUAUUUUCUUUCCAUUUUGACUAUAUAGUCAAAAUCGCAAGAAAAGUUAGUGCAGAUCGAAAGGUGAAAGUGACCUUGCGAUCCUGAUUCGAUCCCGAUGCGCAGUCCCGCCAGGUCGGCAUCGCAAGAAAAGAUAGACUGUGCAGGCAAGUCAAUCCUUACUAGAUCGGUGUACUAUCUAGUUCAUCUCACAUGUCAAUGACAUCUCACAUAAGCCAAAAUCUCACAUAAGCCAAAAUCGUAAGCACACAUUGGGGGUCAUUCCGAGUUGUUCGCUCGUUGCCGAUUUUCGCAACGGAGCAAUUAAGGCGAAAAUGCGCUUGUGCAUGGUACGCAGUGCACAUGCGCUAAGUAUUUUAGCAGAAAACUUAGUAGAUUUACUCACGUCCGAACGAAGAAUUUCCAUCGUUGAAGUGAUCGGUGAGUGAUUGACAGGAAGUGGGUGUUUCUGGGCGGAAACUGACUGUUUUCUGGGAGUGUGUGGAAAAACGCAGGCAUGCCACGAUAAAACGCGGGAGUGUCUGGUAAAACGGGGGAGUGGCUGGCCGAACGCAGGGCGUGUUUGUGACAUCAAACCAGGAACGAAACGGGCUGAGCUGAUCGCAGUGUAGGAGUAAGUCUGGAGCUACUCAGAAACUGCUAAGAAUUUUCUAUUCGCAAUUCUGCUAAUCUUUAAUUCGCAAUUCUGCUAUGCUAAGAUACACUCCCAGAGGGCGGCGGCCUAGCGUGUGCAAUGCUGCUAAAAUCUGCUAGCAAGCGAACAACUCGGAAUGACCCCCAUAGUCCAUAUCUCAAGAAAAGUUAGUCAAAAUCUGUGCUAUCUGGGCUCCAGGGAGUUCAAGGGAAAUCACAAGUGAAAAUCGGACAUAGCAAGGAUCUCACCGUGUGUACACACCCUUAGACAGGAGGUCUGCUGUGCAUUGGGAAAACAACUUCCUCCAUACUCAAAACUAUAUCUCCAAUAAUUCCAGUUCUCAUAGGCUCCUAGCCUGAUCACAUAUAUUUUUUGUUGUAUUAUAUGCUACUAUAGCUUUGUGGUUUUUUUUUUUU